GGGGGACUGCUGAUUCCAAGAUGGAGGUGAAGAUGUCACUUCUGGACAACAUGAUAGGGGUGGGAGACAUGGUCCUGCUAGAAACCCUCAACGAAGACUCCUUCAUCGAGAACCUGAGGAAACGCUUCGACCACAAUGAGAUCUAUGUAAGUUCCCCCUCGUCAAGUGUUAAACUGGGUUUAGUCAUAACUGAGUUAUAUCAUUAAUAUAUUUUCAAUGUAUUUGACACUCAGAUUAUGCUUGAAUAUACGCUAACAUUCAAAUGCAUUUGACUGUGUAACUGGGUUUUGCCCCAGCUGCCUCCAGUCUCAAUGUUGUGGUUCAGCUGUGUUGUUCCCACAGCUUCCCUCUCCCUAAAAGUGCAUGUUUACACUUAGCUUAGACAAACACAAAGUGUGCACUUAAGCAAUCUGCAGAUACAUCAUUCAUUGUUCCUUAACUCACUGCUAGAGCCUGUGCUUAGCCUAUUCAUGUUAGCCCUGGCCUCAAAAACAGCAGCACAGAUACAGCAACCUCACCACAAAGCCCUGAGUUGACCAAUUAAUAAAUCACAUCACUGAAGAAUGUAGAUGUCUCAAAUAAGGCAGAACAUUCAGAGCUCCAGGGAUGAGGAGAUUCAACUGGCUGCUGCCGCUUCCCUCGAGGGGGGUAAAUGAAUGGAGCAGACCUGGGUUCCAAUACUGUUUUGAAAUAUUUCAAAUACUUUGAGUGAUUGCGCCAGCCUGCCUGGAGUGCCAGAUUGGCAGGGUGGGCAGUUUUGGCACUACUGUAUUGGUCCGUUAAGACAGGCAAGCUCAAUAAAGCAUAUGCAACGUAUUUUAAAUGAUUUCAAAUAAUAUUUGAACCCAGGUCUGGAAUAGAGAGGCUGGAUGAGGGCUCUGUCUCAUGGCUCUGAACCUGGCUUCUCCCAGAAACCACUGCCUAUCUGUGGGUUGGCAUCUCCAGACAUCAGCCUCUAUGAUUAUGGCUCUGGUUCUCUCCUCGCUGCUGACUAGGACAGAGCCAAGUCAGAGCCCAGAGAUUGAUGUCACCACGCUCAACUAUGAUUGGCUGGCUACCUCAGCUUCGUGAUAUUGUAGUUAAAUUCAUAUCGCUUCCUGUGUGCAUAUGUGUUGUUUGUGACAUCUAAGCUGCCCUCAAAUUUCUGUCAAGAACUGUAAACUCAGAACUGCUCAGUGCAUGUGGUGACCCAUGCGUUGUACAAAGUAGGUCCAAGAUAUAGGCCUAUCAAGAGAACAUUUAUUGCAGCUACUCAUCUGGAUUAAUGUGACAAGAUUCAGACUAGAUCUGCUACAAUUUGGUUUAUUGACUCUCAACAAAGAUGUUAAGCUGCAUGGAUUUCCAGCAGUGCAUCAGCUGAGCACUGAAUGGAAACAGUCAGUCAGUAACAUAGAGGGGGGUCUAAAGCAUAUGGUUGGUCUAAGUCAGUCUGUAAUGUUGGAGCAAAAUUGUUUUGUUAGUCUAAUGCUGUGUAAAUGCUUGAGUUGAAUAAUACUAUUCAACUGGUAAUUUUCCAUUCUGUUCAGUAACCUCUUUACAUACCGCACAGAGGAGUGAUUUGUUACUGGCUGAUUAUCUUUAGGGACUAAAAGCCAGGCGGAAAUCUAGUUUCCUCUGUUUAGGCUUUAAAUAUCUUAUCACUCCCCUAUCUCAAAUCAAAUUGUAUUUGUCAAAUAGACCUUACAGUAAAAUGCUUACUUACAAGCCCUUAACCAACAAUGUAGUUUUAAGAAAAAUAAGUGUUAAGUAAAAAAUAGAUAAUUAAAGAAAAUAAGAAAAAUUACAAAUAAUUAAUUAAAGAGCAGCAGUAAAAUAACAGUAGUGAGGCUAUAUACAGGGGGUACAGAGUCAAUGUGACGGGGCACAGGUUAGUCGAGGUAAUAUGUACAUGUGGGUAGAGGUAAAGUGACUAUGCAUAGAUAAUAAACAGAGAGUAGCAGCAGUGUAAAAAGAGGGGGUGGGGGGACAAUGCAAAUAGUCCAGGUAGCCAUUUGAUUAGCUGUUCAGGAGUCUUAUGGCUUGGGGGUGGAAGCUGUCAAGAAGCCUUUUGGACCUAGACUUGGCGCUCCGGUACCAGUCUAUGACUAGGGUGGCUGGAGUCUUUGGCAAUUUUUAGGGCCUUGCCCUGACACCGCCUGAAAUAGAGGUCCUGGAUGGCAGGAAGCUUGGCCCAAGUGAUGUACUGGGCUGUACGCACUACCCUCUGUAGUGCCUUGCGGUCAGAGGCCGAGCAGUUGCCAUACCAGGCGGUGAUGCAACCAGUCAGGAAGCUCUCGAAUGUGCAGCUGUAUAACGUUUUGAGGAUCUGAGGACCCAUGCCAAAUCUUUUCAGUCUCCUGAGCGGGAAUAGGCUUUGUCGUGCCCUCUUCACGACUGUCUUGGUGUUUGGACCAUGUUAGUUUGUUGGUGAUGUUGACACCAAGGAACUUGAAGCUCUCAACCUGCUCCACUACAGCCCUGUCAAUGAGAAUGGGGGCGUGCUCGGUCCUCUUCUUUUUCCUGUAGUCCACAAUCAUCUCCUUUGUCUUGAUCAGGUUGAAGGAGAGUUUGUUAACCUGGCACCACACUGCCAGGUCUCUGACCUCCUCCCUAUAGGCUGUCUUAUCGUUGUCGGUGAUCAGGCCUACCACUGUUGUGUCAUCGGCAAACUUAAUGACUUAAUCUUAGACACGUAGGCUGUGAGAACUGGUUAGAACAUGUUCAUGUUAGUACUAUUCUUUUAAGGAAGUAGAGCCAAUUGCCCCUUAUCUCUUCAAAUCAAAUCAAAUCAAAUGUUAUUGGCCACAUGCGCCGAAUACAACAGGUGUAGACAUUACAGUGAAAUGCUUACUUACAGCCCUUAACCAACAAUGCAUUCAUUUUUUAAUAAAAAAAUUAAAAUAAAACAACAACAAAAAAGUGUUGAGAAAGAAAGAGCAGAAGUAAAAUAACAGUAGGGAGGCUAUAUAUACAGGGGGGUACCGGUGCAGAGUCACCGCAUUUGAGGGGUAAACAGCUCUUUGUGUAGAUGAAAUAUAUAAAGACUGUGCGACUUGUAAAUAAUUAAGUUACUCUCUGGCUUUAUCCUGAGAGGGAACUUCCUGCCAAUUGCUUGUAUAAAACUCUUAUAAACUGGAAAAUGAGCUCUGCCUGAUCCUUGGAACAAGUUUUUCCUCAACAGUAACGUGUGUGUGUGUGUGUGUGUGUGUGUGUGUGUGUAUAUAUAUAUAUGUGUGUGUGUGUAUAUAUACACACACACUGUAUAUACAGUGGGGGGAAAAAGUAUUUAGUCAGCCACCAAUUGUGCAAGUUCUCCCACUUAAAAAGACGAGAGAGGCCUGUAAUUUUCAUCAUAGGUACACGUCAACUAUGACAGACAAAUCGAGAUUUUUUUUCUCCAGAAAAUCACAUUGUAGGAUUUUUUAUGAAUUUAUUUGCAAAUUAUGGUGGAAAAUAAGUAUUUGGUCACCUACAAACAAGCAAGAUUUCUGGCUCUCACAGACCUGUAACUUCUUCUUUAAGAGGCUCCUCUGUCCUCCACUCGUUACCUGUAUUAAUGGCACCUGUUUGAACUUGUUAUCAGUAUAAAAGACACCUGUCCACAACCUCAAACAGUCACACUCCAAACUCCACUAUGGCCAAGACCAAAGAGCUGUCAAAGGACACCAGAAACAAAAUUGUAGACCUGCACCAGGCUGGGAAGACUGAAUCUGCAAUAGGUAAGCAGCUUGGUUUGAAGAAAUCAACUGUGGGAGCAAUUAUUAGGAAAUGGAAGACAUACAAGACCACUGAUAAUCUCCCUCGAUCUGGGGCUCCACGCAAGAUCUCACCCCAUGGGGUCAAAAUGAUCACAAGAACGGUGAGCAACAAUCCCAGAACCACACAGGGGGACCUAGUGAAUGACCUGCAGAGAGCUGGGACCAAAGUAACAAAGCCUACCAUCAGUAACACACUACGCCGCCAGGGACUCAAAUCCUGCAGUGCCAGACGUGUCCCCCUGCUUAAGCCAGUACAUGUCCAGGCCCGUCUGAAGUUUGCUAGAGUGCAUUUGGAUGAUCCAGAAGAGGAUUGGGAGAAUGUCAUAUGGUCAGAUGAAACCAAAAUAUAACUUUUUGGUAAAAACUCAACUCGUUGUGUUUGGAGGACAAAGAAUGCUGAGUUGCAUCCAAAGAACACCAUACCUACUCUGAAGCAUGGGGGUGGAAACAUCAUGCUUUGGGGCUGUUUUUCUGCAAUGGGACCAGGACGACUGAUCCGUGUAAAGGAAAGAAUGAAUGGGGCCAUGUAUCGUGAGAUUUUGAGUGAAAACCUCCCAUCAGCAAGGGCAUUGAAGAUGAAACGUGGCUGGGUCUUUCAGCAUGACAAUGAUCCCAAACACACCACCCGGGCAACGAAGGAGUGGCUUCGUAAGAAGCAUUUCAAGGUCCUGGAGUGGCCUAGCCAGUCUCCAGAUCUCAACCCCAUAGAAAAUCUUUGGAGGGAGUUGAAAGUCCGUGUUGCCCAGCGACAGCCCCAAAACAUCACUGCUCUAGAGGAGAUCUGCAUGGAGGAAUGGGCCAAAAUACCAGCAACAGUGUGUGAAAACCUUGUGAAGACUUACAGAAAACGUUUGACCUGUGUCAUUGCCAACAAACGGUAUAUAACAAAGUAUUGAGAAACUUUUGUUAUUGACCAAAUACUUGUUUUCCACCAUAAUUUGCAAAUAAAUUCAUAAAAAAUCCUACAAUGUGAUUUUCUGGAUUUCUUUUUCUCAUUUUGUCUGUCAUAGUUGACGUGUACCUAUGAUGAAAAUUACAGGCCUCUCUCAUCUUUUUAAGUGGGAGAACUUGCACAAUUGGUGGCUGACUAAAUACUUUUUUUCCCCACUGUACAUACAAACGUAUGUGGACACCCCUUCAAAUUAGUGAAUUCAGCUAUUUUAGCCACACCCAUUGCUGACAGGUGUAUGAAAUUGAACACACAUCCAUGCAAUCUCCAUAGACAAACAUUGGCAGAGUGGCAUUACUGAAGAGCUCGUGACUUUCAACGUGGCACCGUCAUAGAUCACCUUUCCAACAAGUCAGUUUGUCAAAUUUCUGCCCUGCUAGAGCUGCCCUGGUCAACUUUAAGUGUUGUUAUUGUGAAGUGGAAACAUCUAGGAGCAACAAUGGCUCAGCCGCGAUGUAUAUACUGUAUUCUAUACUAUUCUACUGUAUCUUAGUCCAUGCCGCUCUGACAUCGCUUGUCCAUAUAUGUAUACAUUCUUAAUUCAUUCCUUACUUAGAUUUGUGUGGAUUGGGUAUAUGUUGUGAAAUUGUUAGAUAAUACUUUUUAGAUAUUAGAAGCACAAGCAUUUCGCUACACCCGCAAUAACAUCUGCUAAACACGUGUAUGUGACCAAUAAAAUGUGAUUUGAUUUAAGGUGUGGCAGGUCAUAAGGGAUGGUGAUAUCAAACCAUUUUAAGGGUUGAUAGCAGAGUUUGGCCUGAAUGAUAUGGAAUUUCUACCCUAUUUGCAGCUCAAAUCAAUAAUACAAUUUAUUUCUCAAAGGGUAUUUAUGUGGGAUCUAAAAGUGUGAUAGACAACAAAGAGAGGGGUGCUGAUAAUGGGAAAGGAAUGGUUUCCGCCUUAUACAAGCUUGUUGGUCUCUCCCCCCCAAACAGCAACAUCCUUACUCGGUUACGUUGGGAACAGGACUUUGGUGCAUCUCUGACCGCAGUACAGUGCGAUGCAAUACGGAAAAACACAAAUUAAUCAAAUUAAGGUUUUGCAUAGGGCUUAUAUUAUACCUCACAGGUUGAAAAAAAUGAAUCAAAGCCUUUCAGAUUUGUGGUGUUAUGUCUGCGGUGAGGUUGGUACACUCUAAUGCAUCUGUUAUGGAAAUGUCCAGCUGUCAAAAGAUUUUGGACCGAGGUAGAUGAUAUGUUGUCUGGAAUUUUGAAUGUAUGUAUUCCACUUUGUCCUGUAGUGUGCCUGUUAGGAAGUAGGUUGGACAAUAUCCAACCUAGAACCACGCAACGCAUCAUUGCAUUGGCCUUCCUGCCAGUCAAACGAACAAUACUUAUGAAUUGGAAAGAGCGUAAUGCGCAAUGCUACGGCAUUGGAAAUUUGGUUAAGGAAAUUCAUGGAUUUAUUGACUAUGGAACAAGCGGCGUCGGCCCUUCAGGACUAUGACAAUGGUCUAGAGGGUCUCUGGGACAUUAUAGGAACAUAUGUAUAUCAAAAAGCAUAGCCUAAUAUAUGAACUGUCUGUAUUUGUUUGUGAACCCCCCCAGGCUUGACUCGUACCACCAAACUUUACAGUUGGCGCUAUGCAUUGGGGCAGGUAGUAUCUUUGCCACUUCACAUGAAAACUCAAGUAGUGGAUUAUCUAUUUUACAGUGGAACUUGAGCUAAUACCAUAAUGAUGAUAUGGAGAUCAAAUUGCUAUCUUCUGUUACAAUUUGGUCCUCUAACCACUCCCAGCUGCCUACUAUUCUCCCAUUUGUAUAACCCCAUGACAAUGGUUAUCUUGCAUUGUAAGACAAGUAAUACAAAUAAACAUCAGGAACACCUAAUCCACCCUUGCUUCUUGGUUUCUUAUCUUUACACAAUAAGCCAGAAAAGAAACUACGUAUCUCUUUAAACCAGUACUGAGGGAACUGAAGUGGUAUAGCUGACAUAAGGAACGAGAGUCUAGGGAGUAUGUUCAUCUUUAUUGCCUCUGCUCUACCCCGUAGUGAUAAAGGUAGUACAGUAAUAAUAACAUUUGGGUGGUGCCUUCCACCUCCACUGACCAGGAGUGGUUUUAAAAGCUGACUGGCUGGCUGCAGCCUAGGUUUAGCCACGAAUCCCUACAGGCCCAUUAGGUGAGUGUCCCUAGUACAUGUUCAAAUCGAAUCAAAUUUUAUUUGUCACGUACACGUGUUUAGCAGAUGUUAUUGCGGGUGUAGCGGAAUGCUUGUAAUGGUGUCAGUUGUUUUCAUUCAUGAGGUGAAUCUUGCUGGGUCUUUUCGUUCCUUACCGGUUGUCAUGCCAACCACCCAGUGUUAGGCUAUCACAUGACACCCUGCCCACAACAUCAACCUCCAUGGAUUUGUUUUCCUGAGAUUUAGAAGAAAAUAUCUAUAUAUAUUUUAUUUUUUUUACCUAUGACUCCUCCCCUUCUGAUGUCAUCCAUCUAUUUUGAUGAGCCAAGUCAAACAGACACAUUUAAAUGUCAGUUUAGGCAUGACAUUUCCUCUGUGUUGACCAUACACAACCCCUUGAAAAGGUCUUGCUGUUUUAGCUUAGAUCUAAUGGGAAUGUUGUUAGACUGUGAUGUCUGGAUUAUAAUGCUUAGUUUGUAAUGAGGAAGUAUUUUCUUUUACUGUUUGGAACUUGUAAUUACAAAGUCCUGCAAGGAGACGUUUCCCCUUCCUCUGUAAUUUACUCAGCACUGUCUAACUUUCAUCCUCAACUUGAAAGAACUAGCUUUGAAAUGGCCCUUUUUUUUAUAUGGGCGAUCACGACUACACACUGAUAUAAUGGGACAAACAGUGAUCUGGUUACUAUUAUUAUUGACUCUGGCGUUCAGUUAGGAUCAAUGGUCCAUGUGGUUGGAAAGCCCCUGUUUUCUUUGCCAUAAAACACCAUUGGUCCCUCAUUCAUUAUAUGGAUAUCAUUUUUUACACUAAGCAUUCUCUUCUCUUAAGUCCUGAUAAUGAUCUCUACUGUAUAUCCCUCCAGUCCCAUUGUAGCACAAUUAUCUGAGGUAUUCAGGGGGAGAAGGGAGUGUACAUGCAGAGAGAGAGAGAGAGACACUUAAUGGUCCUGUACACAUCUGAUGGCCGUCUAGCAGUGACCCUACCAACCCAGUGUUUGCUUUUAUUCUGCACACUCCAAUAUCUUGUCCGUCCUCGCCUCGGCUUCUCCAAAGAGUCGAUUUUGCCUCCUAUGGACUUUCUGACAAUAGGCAGUGGGACGUGGUGUUGCCAUGGAAAAGGUCUGGCUCUCCUGUUCUGAGUGGGUUAUAUAACUUCAUUAUAACAGAGAGAGUGGAGAGGAUCAGGAGUUGUUUAGAACCACCUGAAAAUGCAGUGCGGUCCUCUUCUAUCUCAAUGUAAGGUUUACAGUUUGACUGAUUACUUGGAGCUCUUUCAGAAAUUACAGCCUGUCGUCACACUCUGCAGUAAUAAAUGGAGCCCAGGAAAGAUGCCAAAUGUGAAAUUAUUAUGUAUAAUUUUCUUAACAUACUCUAAGCAGCAAUUACAAAGUACAUAAUGUUUUUCUCAAGCAUAAUUUACAGAAAUAAGAUGUACUGUACAUAGAGAUUGACCCGGCUGCGCCAAGCUGACCCAUUUUCUUUGUUACCAAAUCUCAGUUUCAAUGACUUGAGUGCAGUGUCUUUGAUAUCAGUCAUCACUAUUGGAGAUGUAGUCUCAUCCCCUCUCCUCGUGCCCACCACCCUCCACUCCUAGAUUCCUCUAUCUACCAGACUCCCCUGUGACACCCACGGGGAGAAGUGUUGUUCUCUCAACAGAAGUGUUGUUCUCCUGCCGCCGCUCCGCAUCCCAGGAUUCCACAAAUUUUUCCUUUGUUUUUACGUCUCCCGUGCCGAUGCUCUUUCCACUCAUCUCUGCCUCCCGCAUGCCUGAACAAUGCAGCAGGAUAGCUGGGAAGAGCUGAGGAUGCAAAAAUGAAACUCCUCUCACCUCAGUGCUUCCCUGAGAGCAGAGCAGAGCUGAGCAUGUUAUCACUUUCAGACAUCACAGCAGUAUGCCCUACCUUAGAGAAAUUCUCUGAACACUAGUCAAUCCAUCACACCCUGAUGUCUCUCACUCUACUCUCUAUCGCUGUCUCUCUGCAGACUUACCUAGGCAGUGGAGUGAUAUCUAAUGUCUAAUAAUCAUACCCUGGUAUCUUGUUCCCUCUCUCUGCAGACGUACAUUGGCAGUGUGGUGAUCUCCAUUAACCCCUACAGGUCUCUGCCCAUCUACACACCACAGAAGGUGGAGGAGUAUCGCAACAGGAACUUCUAUGAGCUCAGCCCACACAUGUGAGUGCCUGGCCUAGGUCCUUCCUCCACCCUAUCGUUGUGUAGAGCCAUCUACCUCCACCCCACUGCUGGCAUGUUGUUGUGUAGGAUGCGUCUUUUUGUCCAAGUUGAGGCCACAGGCAACAAAGGCACCCUGUUUAUAAAUGCCUGAUGUUUCAGGCAAAAUGUCAAACACACAAGUGAACAGUAUUGAUUAGCGCACACAAUCAGAAACAUUUGAGCCCAGCAGACAGUGCACAUCUCGGCCAGUAGGUUGGCGGAGAGGUUUUUGUUUUGCCUCCUUUGAGUUCACUGUUCACAGUUUACUGUUCCCUUUGUGAUUUCCAGGGACCAGUAUGGUUUAACUAAAGUUCAACCAAAUGAACCAUUAAUGAGAUGGAGGACAUGCUGUGCUGCUGUCCCACACAUUAGACCUUAUUUUGGGGUACAGACAGUUGAGUAGUGGGGGGCCUCUCCUCUCAGAAACCCUCCAGCGGGUGGCCAUCUGCCUGUCCUUCCACAGCGGUGCCAGAGCCAGCCCAGAGGCCCUGCUGCACAGCUCUGCCAUAGUAAAA